AUGGCGCGGCUCGGGCGCCUGGGCUUCCUGGCCAUUGCCAUCGUCUUCCACCUCAUCUACGCCUACUCCAUCUUCGACAUCUACUUCGUUAGUCCCAUCGUCACUGGCAUGAAGGCUUACCGAGUCGAUGCGCCCAAAGCCCCUGCAAAGCGAUUGGUGCUAUAUGUUGGUAUGCCGUGGACCUACACUAUGUUAUUCUCUGUGUACUAUUCGACUGAUCAAUUCUUCCAAAUAGGCGACGGUCUCCGCGCCGACAAGGCAUUCCAAUAUUUCCCUGACCCAUCAAGGUCAAUUAACGAUUCUUCACCGAACGACCCUCGUCCCAUGGCACCGUACCUUCGAUCACGAGUCCUCGAUCAUGGAACGUUUGGUGUCUCUCACACUCGCGUUCCAACAGAAUCCAGACCUGGGCAUGUUGCUUUAAUAGCUGGGUUGUACGAGGAUGUUGCGGCUGUAACAACAGGAUGGAAGCUCAAUCCAGUCAACUUCGACAGUGUUUUCAAUAGAAGCCGGCAUACAUGGAGUUGGGGAAGUCCAGAUAUCUUGCCUAUGUUUUCGACCGGUGCGGUGCCUGGAAGAGUGGACGAUGCGACAUACGGAGCUGAGUUUGAGGACUUCAGCAAAGAUGCCAAAGAGCUGGACUACUGGGUCUUUGAUCGGGUCAAGCAAUUGUUCAAGGAUGCGGAAACUGAUGAGGUCUUGAAUGCGCGUCUACGAGAUGACAAGAAUGUGUUUUUCCUACACUUGCUCGGGCUGGACACCACCGGCCACUCCUACCGCCCCUAUUCUCGGGAAUACCUGCACAACAUUCAAAUCGUUGAUCAAGGUGUUGAGGAGAUCACGAACAUCAUCAACAACUUCUACGGCGACGAUGAAACAGCCUUCGUCUUUACUGCUGACCAUGGUAUGAGCGACUGGGGAAGCCAUGGUGACGGUCAUCCUGACAACACCCGUACUCCUCUCAUUGCAUGGGGAGCUGGUGUUGCAAAGCCUGUAACUGUGCGCAAAGGCAAGGCGCCAGGUCACGACGAUGGCUUCUCGAGUGAUUGGUACCUGGAUCAUGUGCAACGUCACGAUGUCGCACAAGCUGAUAUUGCUGCACUGAUGGCGUAUCUUGCCGGACUAGAAUUUCCAGUCAAUUCUGUUGGAGAGGUGCCCCUUUCCUAUCUCGACGCAAGCGAUGAACAGAAAGCCAAGGCCAUCUUCACCAACGCCAAGGAAAUCUUGGAGAUGUAUCGUGUAAAAGAAGAGGACAAGAAGGCCACUGUUAUGCAGUACAAGCCAUACCCUGGUUUUGGCGACGCCGAGCACAGCAUCGAGCAUCGUCUGGAGUUGAUCGAGGAGCAGAUUCGAGAUCGACAGUAUAGGGAGGCCAUUGAGAGUUCCGACGCACUGAUUCAGCUUGGUCUGCAAGGACUUCGGUACCUGCAAACGUAUGCGUGGCUUUUCUUGCGCACUUUGGUCACAGCAGGCUACGCUGGAUGGAUCGCCUUUUCCUUCACCACUGCUGUUGACCAAUAUAUGCUCAAUGGCAAGGUCGAGCCAUCCCGGCCACUGGCUUCGACUAUCGUGUUCACCUCGAUUCUGGUCGGCUUGUUUAGCUUCCUCUUCGUCCAAUCGUCCCCCUUGACGUAUUAUGCAUACGCAAUCUUCCCAGUCGCGUUUUGGGAAGAAGUGUUUGCUCGUCGUAAAGCGCUCAUCGAAGGCAAGAACAAGCUUUUUGCGAAGUUCUCCAAGACCGACGCAACCAAGCUUCUUCUGAACGUAGGCAUCUACGCUGCCAUACUCGAGAUUAUGGUACAAAGCUACUAUCAUCGCCAGAUAUACACUGUCGUGUACCUGCUUGGAGCAACUUGGCCAUUGUUCUACGGGAAAGACUUCGUACAAUCAAACUGGGUCCUGUCCGGUACGUGGGCAAUUGGAUGCGUCUCGAUGAGCGCGUUCACUCUUCUGCCUGCCAACAAGGUCGAGGACUGGAAUCUCAUUCUCGUUGGGGGUCUCUUGAUUCUGCUCAUGGGCGUCCUUUACAUCGCGUUCGAGAAGAGUCUGCUUAUCAAGACUGCACCUUCGCAAGAGGGACUCGGCGCUGCGCAUGCAGACAGCCUCUCCAGGACGAUUCUCGGCGUCCAAGUGGGUUUGAUCGCACUCGCCAUGAUCGUCACCAGAUCGAGCGUUGCUUCCCUCCAAGCCAAGCAGGGCUUGCCACUUGGAACGCAGAUGGUCGGCUGGUUCACCUUGGUCGCAUCUCUAGUUGUACCCUUCCUCCACGCCCUUCGACCACGCGACCACUACCUCCACCGCCUCGCCAUCAUCUUCCUCGCCUUCGGCCCGCUCUUCAUCAUCCUCACCAUCUCCUACGAAGGCCUCUUCUACUUCUCCAUCGCCAUAACGCUCCUCUCCUGGGUCCGCCUCGAACACCGCAUCCACCAACACUUCUCCCCAACCACAACAACCUCGGACUCAAAACUCGAACUCACCACCCCCCUCGACACCGCCCUCGCCGCCGCGGAAACCCGCGAACACGCCCUCGAAACCGGCACCUACCGCGCCCUCACCCUCUCCGACGCGCGCAUCUCCCUCUUCUUCCUCUACCUCCUCCAAUCCGCCUUCUUCUCCACCGGCAACAUCGCCUCCAUCUCCUCCUUCUCCCUCGACGCCGUCAACCGCCUCCUCCCCGUCUUCGACCCCUUCUCCCAAGGCGCCCUGCUCAUCCUCAAAAUCCUCGCCCCCUUCGCCCUCGUCUCCGCCAACCUCGGCAUCCUCACCAAACGCCUCCGGCUCCGCGGAGGGUCCCUGUUCGCGGUUGUGAUGGGCAUCGGCGAUUAUCUCACCCUCCGCUUCUUCUGGGAAGUGAGGGAUGAGGGCAGCUGGUUGGAGAUUGGAGAGAGUAUCAGUAUGUUUGUGAUUGCGAGUGGGUUGUGUAUUUUUGUGGCGGGACUGGAGGGGUUGAGUGAGGUGCUUGUGAGGGGGGUGCAGUUUAGUGAUUAUGAAGAGGUUAAGAGGAAGAUUGUGGGAGGGGAGGGGAGUAAUGGGACGGUCAAUGGGAAGUUGAGGGAGAAGGCCAAGGUGGCGCUUCAAGGAGAGGAGAAGGGGAGGAAGGGGAAGCAAUGA